AUGAACGCAAUUGAUGGUGUGGUCGAGAAUUGGUCAAGAACUUUUCGCAAUAACUCCCAUUAUCGCCGGCCGCAAGCUAACAACCUGGAGAUAAUUGGACUAGGAUUGCUGCCUGACGGACGGGGCAGCAACUGUGGCUCAGGCUGUCAGCCGCGCCACGGGCGCCACAAGCGACUGGGUGACCGCCCCAGACGGCCGGUCGAUCAUCGCCUCCCCUCGUCAUCGCCUGGCUCCAUCCCCUUCCAUUCACGCCCAGGUCGCAUUACUACCUCCAUCCUCCUGUCGGCCUCCCACCUUCAUUCCCUCCUCUUUUUCCACUCAGUCAUGAGCUCGCAGCGCUACCAGCGGGUUAACGCCCAUGACGAGGACGAUGACAGCGAAGUUGAAUCCUCCCCGGAGGUUCCAACUCAACCGCAACCGAUUCCCUCGUCGCCGCCUCCAUCCUUUCACUCACGAUCAUCAUCCCCUUCAUCACGUCGUCUCCUUCAUGAUGACCCCAUGCGCAGUGAGGCCGACCAGGAAUUGCACGAUGCCUUUGAUGAUGGAAACGAGUCAGAUGGGGCCGAUGAACCCGACGACAGGCAACGGUUAAUGCGGGGAAAUCCUACGGCAGAGAAUGGGAGCACCAGCGAGAACGCUAAUGCCUCCACAUCCGAAUCCAGAGAUGACGGGUCUCGGAAUCCACAGACACAAAGGAGAGUGACCAUUCUCCCUCCAUUUUCCCCAGCAACAACGACAUCAAGACGUGUCAUGGGAGGCGGCACGACGAAUGAUGGCGUCUUUAGCAACCUGAACGCCAAACCGGAGAGGGGAGAGAAAGUCGAGGAAGAUCUGCCUCCACCUCUCUUCCAGUCGUAUGAACAAGCCGCUGCAGAUGCAACACCCCCUUACUGGGAAACUACAAUUAUGGCACCCGGCAUGUCUUCCGAUGAGGUUUAUGUCGACGGCUUGCCCGUUGGGUCCGUAUUCUCUUUUGUCUGGAAUGCCAUGAUCUCAAUGUCAUUCCAGCUUGUCGGUUUCCUUCUCACCUAUCUUCUGCACACGACUCACGCUGCCAAGAACGGCAGCAAGGCCGGUUUGGGCCUCACACUCGUUCAGUACGGAUUUUACAUGAAGGGAAGUGGUGAAACAAAAUCGGAUACCGACGGAGAGCAGUAUGCACCUCCACCGGAUCCCAAUAGUCAUGACUUCAACCCGAAUUCAAUUGGAGAUAAUGCUGCCGCUGCCGUUGGGGCUCAGAGUCAAGGCGGCGGAACGGACGCAAUAUCUGCCAUCACAACCAGUGAAUGGAUUUCUUAUAUUCUAAUGAUUGUCGGUUGGUUUAUCUUGAUUCGAUCUGUCAGUGAAUUCCUGCGUGCUCGACGGCAUGAACAGCUGGUAUUGCAAAGCCCGGAUCGGGGACUCAGCGUUCCUGUCAUCGCCGAGGGCGAAAGGUCCGAGACUGUUGUCUAA